GGUGGCGUCCCGCAGGAUGUGACGGCGCCAGAGGCCUAGGCUGGAGUCCUCGGAGGGAGCUGCUGCCCUUGUCAGAGCUUUUACCGUCCAGGAUCCCAUCCUGCAGCAGUCGUGAUGAAUUUCAUUCAGGCUGUGCGUGACCACUGGGUUCAUAUACUGGUACCAAUGGGAUUUGUCGUUGGCUAUUAUCUAGACAAGAAGAGUGAUGAAAAACUAACUGCUUUCCGGAAUAAGAGCUUGUUAUUUAAAAGGAGUCUGAAACCCAAUGAAGAAGUUACCUGGAAAUAAAGGCUUUGGCUGAGUUGAGAAAUUUUCAUCUUGAAUAAAAAUAUUUUAUGAAAUAAA